AUGGCGCGCCCGCGCGACCGCUCGUCGACGUUCCUCGACGUCAUGCGGCGGCAGUGGGACCCCGCGCACCGCCGUCGACCGUCGCUGCGCCACCCCGAGUUCAUCCGAGGCCUCCGACUCACGCAGACGCUCGCCGCGCACGUCGGAUGCGUCAACGCCGUCGCGUUCGACGAGCGCGCGACGCGCCUCGUCUCCGGCUCGGACGACCUCCGCGUGUGCGUGUGGGGCGUCGGCGCGGGGUUCCCGCUCGUCGGGAGCGUGCACACCGGGCACACGCACAACAUCUUCAGCGCGGAGUUCGUCCCGGGGUCCAACGCGAGCAAGUGCGUGACGACGUCCGGCGACGGCGACGUGCGCCUCAUCGACCUCGAGCGCGGAUUCGCGUCGACGCCGCGGACGCCGCCGCCGCGUCGCGGCGACCGGCGAUACUUCGAUCGCGCGGCCCCGGAUAACCCGGCGGCGCGAUCCGUCUUCCACGGCGAUGAUCUCGAGCGCGCGGGGAUGGGCAUGAAGGUCCGGUUCGUCCCGCACCACCCGGACGUCUUCCUGACGACGCAUCAAGACGGCCGCGUGCGGCGGUUCGACCUCCGAGCGCCGACGAAUCGCUCCGGCGGCGGCGGCGCGCACGAGACGAUCGUCGACCUGAGCGUCCAGGGGUCGCUGUCCGACAUCGCGUUCGACCCGUCCGCGCCCGCGCUGUUCGCGCUCGGGUGCGACGACCCGUACGUGCGGAUAUUCGACGUCCGGCACGUCGAGAGUGGGGGAGGCGCGGACGGAGCCGGCGGCGCGUCUCGGCGGCGGCGACGCGGGCGGUCGCCGCGCGCGCGCGAAAACCUCGCCGGCGACGGGACGAUCCCCGUCGUCGCGAAGUACGCGCCGUCCGCGCGGCACGGGUUCAACGCGCGGUCGCUGCGGUUCGACGGCGUCAGCGGGCUCGCGUACGGGAGAGACGGCGAGCUCGCGGUGACGUACCGCGGCGAGCACCUGUACGUGUUGAAUCAACGCGCGCUCGAGAGAAGUCGCGCGGACGACGGGUGGAGCCGCGGAGCGACGGCGUUCGGCGGCGGCGGCGCGGGAGAUGGACUCGGACUCGACCUCGACCUCGACCUCGACGCGCGGGAGAUGGACGAGCGCGGGUGGCGCGCGUUCGCCGGAGCGACGACGACGACGACGACGACGACGACGUCGCGGUCGCCGACGCCGGGGACGGACGGCGGCGGAGGACGACGUCGCGAGACGUCCCCGGAGUUUGGGUACGCGUCGCCGCGAGAGGCGGGGAGCCGGAGCGCGAGCCGGAGCCCGGAGCCGAGGACCGCGGCGGGGGCCGUCGCGAGCGGUCGUCGUCCCGACGGAGACGCGCCGCUCGACGACGACGACGAUGACGCGCGCGAGCGGCGCGGCGAGGGCGGGGAAGGGGACGGAUCCUCCGAGGACGAGGAGGACGGCGGCGGCGCGGCCGCGCCCGCGACGGCGCGCGCCGACGCGGAGCGACGGAGCAUCUCGCUGCCUCGGUCUCGAAUCGCGUCUCCGGAGUUCGGCGGCGGCGACGACGGCGGGUGGGGUCUGUUCCCGGAGGACCCGCUGCUGUUCCACGACCCCGCGGUGCGGCGAUACGUCGGGCACAAAAACGUCAAGACGUUUUUGAAGGGCGUCGCGUUUCUGUGCGACGACGCGUACGUCUCCACGGGGGGCGACUGCGGCGGACUGUUCAUCUGGAGGAAAGACACGUGCGAGCUCGUUCGAAGGCUCCAGGCGGACGGGCAGGUCGUGAACAACGUGUGCCCGCAUCCGCAUCUGCCGACGAUCGUCACGAGCGGGAUCGACGACGAGAUGCGCGUGUGGGAGCCGGGGGAGGGGGUGCACACGGCGACGAUGCCGACGAGGGACGACGACGCGUCGGACGAGGAUUUGGACGAUUUUUUCGGGCGGGGCGCGAGCGGCGAGUCCGAGUCCGAGUCCGAGUCCGAGUCCGAGUCCGACGACGACGGAGAUCACGUCACGGAGAUCACGGAGAUCACGUUACGUGACGGAGAUCACGACGCCGACGUCGGAAGAGAUCGCCGCCGCGGAGGAGGAGGCGGAGGAGGACGCGCCGCCGCCGCCGCCGCCCGCGCCCGAAGACGGGGAGAUCGAGCCCGCGGCGGACGAAGACGACGAGGGAUCGGGGUCGGGGUCGGACGCCCCCGAGCGUAA